GAGCGCUCAUGUCGUGAUAUCUGUCAAGCCCGGACACACCAACACCUCCAACACACUGACCCCUCCAGACCUCCACAAUACUGAUCCUGCUCCUCUGCAGCCGUCUCUGGAGUUGCGGCAGAAACAGGACGAAUCUGCGUGUUGAGAAAACUCACUCAAGCUUUAUUUCCCGGAAGCACAGAGCAGAGGACAUCGGUGUGAGGAUGGCUGCCUACAAGCUGGUCCUGAUCCGCCACGGAGAGAGCUGCUGGAACCAGGAGAACCGGUUCUGCGGCUGGUUCGACGCCGACCUGAGUGAGACCGGGGAGCACGAGGCGAAGAGAGGAGGACAGGCGCUGAAAGAUGCUGGCUAUGAAUUCGAUAUUUGCUACACCUCUGUCCUAAAGAGGGCCAUCCGCACCCUGUGGUUUGUUCUGGACAGCAUCGACCAGAUGUGGCUGCCCGUCAACCGGACCUGGCGCCUCAAUGAGCGCCACUACGGUGGCCUGACUGGGCUGAACAAGGCCGAAACAGCGGCUAAACACGGAGAGGCCCAGGUCAAGAUCUGGAGGCGCUCUUUUGACACUCCUCCCCCAUCCAUGGAUGAGGAGCAUGACUUCUAUCAGAGCAUCAGCAAGGACCGGCGUUAUGCCGACCUGACAGAGGACCAGCUUCCCAGCUGUGAGAGCCUCAAGGACACCAUCGCCAGGGCUCUGCCAUUCUGGAACGAAGAGAUCGUUCCACAGAUCAAAGAGGGAAAGAGGGUGCUGAUCGCUGCCCAUGGCAACAGUCUCCGGGGCAUCGUCAAGCAUCUUGAGGGUAUGUCAGAGGAGGCCAUCAUGGAGCUGAACCUGCCCACCGGUAUCCCCAUUGUGUAUGAGCUGGACAAGAACCUGAAGCCUUUAGGACCAAUGCAGUUCCUGGGAGAUGAGGAGACCGUCAAGAAGGCCAUGGAGGCUGUGGCUGCUCAGGGCAAAGCCAAGAAAUAGACCACCCCCCCUCCUCCAUCCCAGCUAUGAGAUAGACUUCAGUUAUCAAUCAUGUGCUGUUCAGUUAUUACAAGGUCAUUUAUUGUUACUGUCAUCACAGACUCGCACACACAGAGACAAACAUUGUGCACUUUAUUUUGAAAAUACCAAGUUUUCACACAAUGUAUUUGAUUAGUCUUUACUUUGUGGCAUACUGAAACAUACAUGUCAUUGUUACACAAUUAGUAGCACCAGUAAUAUGAUUUUAGCACUGACCAAAAUGCAAAGUUUAGGGACCAGCAAAUGGGAGCAAACAUACACAAACCCUUCAGAGUCAUCCCAUGUUUUACUUCCUUUACUGAUCCAUGUAGGUGAGGCUUAGAGGGAACAGAAUAACCUAUACAGAAACACUGGCUGUUGUCUAAAGGACAAGAUGCUCUGCACUGCUGAUUACUGUUUGCUGUGGCAUUGUGAAAAAAAUAAUAAAUGUUGUAAGCCAUUAUGUGAUGAAAUCUUA